GAUUGAUGCACUUUUUGACUUUAUUGAAUCCAUGAAUCAUCGCAUCAUUAUAAGUAAUCAUUAUAUAUCACGUUUCUGUGAGGCAACGGUGUUGUGCAUUUGAAAAAAUUGAUAUUCAACGAGACUUGGCUGGAUAUUUUAUUACAUUGUAAUAUAAAGUACGCAACUCUCAAUAUUUUCAAAGAUUUUCACAUUUGCAGAUCAAAAUGUCUACCACAUCGCAGAAACAUAGAAACUUUGUGGCAGAACCAAUGGGAGAUAAACCAGUAACCGAACUUGCUGGUGUAGGAGAAGUUUUAGGGAAAAGAUUAGAAGCUGCUGGUUUUGACAGAGCAUAUGUAGUACUGGGGCAAUACUUAGUACUAAAGAAAAACAAGGAAUUGUUUCAAGAAUGGAUGAAGGAUGCAUGUUCAGCAAAUGCAAAACAGUCUACAGAUUGUUAUCAAUGUUUGACUGAUUGGUGUGAGGAAUUUUUGUAAAGUAAUUAUGAGAAAUCUAAAACUUGGAAUAUCCUUUUAGAAGUAAAAUAUUAGUCGUAAAGUUUUAUAACAUUUACAAGAUAUAAAAUAUAUUUCAGUAUUAUAAAUCACAUUUUAAAUAUAUUUUACAUAAGUGAAGCAAGAAUGUAAAGUUUAUUUUUGCAAGCUUAUAUUUGUGUGUUCACUAUAAAAUUCAUCAUAGCAUUCGUAAUAUUGGAAAAAUUAAUUUUGUCAAAAUUUAUAAUAGAAAUAUUUGUUUUCAAUAGUAUUUAUAUUAACAGUAAUUCAACGAAUCUCAAUAUUAGUAAAAUGUUUAUUUGAUGCAUUAAUUGUUAAGUCAAAAUUCUAAAAUUUUUAAAUAAAUUGAAGGAUAUUACACUUUGAUCACACAGUACAAAAAUAUGUAGAGAAAGGUGUAGUUUUAAGUAUAAGAACAUGGAUGUUGUGCUUAGAAACACAUAUAACGUUUAUGUAAAUAUAACAGAAUAAAACAAAUGCACUUUAUUCUUUAUUUGAA